AUGACUAUCAAAUCAACCAAAAGUUUCCAGAACUGUCUUGAGGCUGAAGUGCCCGGUUAUAAUGAUUGCCCUACGGUCCUGUUUUCCAUCGAUACUAAUAGCGGCCCCAGAUCGAAAACAAAAGCAAGAGUGAAGACGAAAAGAUGUGUGAGCGGCACACUUGCCACAGGAGUAUUUGAUCUUUAUGGGAACACCAAAUCAGCCACCACGCCGCCGCCGAUAUUGAAAAGGCCAUCUUCAACCGUUGCUCAACAAGAAUCCGGCAGUGAGAAUGUGCCUGCCAAGAGCCAAGGGGAUAGUGAGCCCCAAAAGACGUCAUACAGUGAAGACAAUUUACUUGCUAAGAUCAACAAUCUCUCUGGGCUCGGUUCGAAAUUGACCUCGAGGGAGCUGGAAUUUUACAAAAAAAAGUUAGAUUCUAAUAUUGCCAAUAUUUUACAAAAUGAUCACACUAAAGCCGUGCUGUCGCAGAUCCUUGACGAAAAGGAUAAGCAAGUGGCUGUGAGGACCAUCAAACAUUGGAUGAUUACCGAUACGACAAUUUCCAACUGGUGUCCCGCAUUUUUGAAACUUUUCGAAAAUGGCCUUUGA